GUUGCUUUUUGUUCGUCUUUUUGUUGCGUCUUGCUUUGAUUGAUUCGUCGUCUCCAGCGAAAAUUUCGCGAGGGAGGGGGAGGGAGAGGGAGAGGGAGAGGGAGAGGGAGAGGAGUAGCAGCAGCCGGAGACGGAGGAGAGACAGAGAUGGGCACGUACAAGUGCUGCCUCAUCUUCAAGCGCCGCUUCCGCUGGAAUGACGCGCCGCCGCCCGAGGACGUGCGCGCCAUCUUCUCCCACCACACCGGCGGUGGUCCCCACAUGGCCGCCGACGGCCUCCGCGGCUACCUCCAGGCCGCCGGCCACGGCCCCGACGCCGCCGAGCUGGAGCGGUUGCUCGACCAGAUCCGCCAGCUACAGGGGCGCGCCGCCCGCAUCCCGCGGGUCGGCCGCUCGCUCCUCACCCUGGACGACUUCCACCGCUUCCUCUUCUCCCACGAGCUCAACCCGCCGAUGCGGCACGGCCAGGUGCACCACGACAUGACCGCCCCGCUCUCCCACUACUUCAUCUACACCGGCCACAACUCCUACCUCACCGGCAACCAGCUCAGCAGCGACUGCAGCGACGCCCCCAUCAUCAAGGCGCUCCAGAGGGGAGUCCGGGUCAUCGAGCUCGACAUGUGGCCCAACUCCGCCAAGGAUGACAUCAGCAUCCUCCAUGGCAGGACGCUCACCACUCCGGUCUCGCUGCUCAAAUGCCUCGUCUCCAUCAAAGAGCACGCCUUUGUGGCCUCACCCUACCCAGUUAUCAUCACUCUCGAAGACCAUCUCCCGCCCGAUCUCCAAGACAAAGCCGCCAAGAUGGUUCUUGAAGUUCUCGGCGGCAUCCUCUACUACCCUGAAAAUGACAACGUCAAAGAAUUCCCUUCCCCUCAAGCCCUCAUGGGCCGCGUCCUCCUCUCCACCAAGCCCCCCAAGGAGUACCUUGAAGCCAAGGAUGGUAGCACCAUCAAAGACGGUGGUGAUGUUGGCAAGGGAGGAGCCACUGAUGAUGCCGCUUGGGGAAAGGAAGUCCCGGAUAUUCAGUCUGAAAUCCAGUCUGCCACUAAACAUGAAGACACCGACGACGACGACGAAGAUGCUGAUUCUGAGGAGGAGCAGAAAAUGCAACAGCAUCUAGCUCCACAGUAUAAACACCUCAUUACGAUCAAAGCAGGAAAACCAAAAGGUACUCUGGUUGAUGCCUUAAAGAGUGACCCAGAAAAGGUUAGAAGGCUCAGUUUGAGCGAGCAACAACUUGCCAAAGUGGCAGAUCAUCAUGGUACCGACAUUGUGAGGUUCACACAGAAAAACCUACUGAGGAUAUACCCAAAGGGCACUCGGGUCACUUCAUCCAACUAUAAUCCAUUUCUUGGUUGGGUGCAUGGUGCUCAGAUGGUAGCGUUCAAUAUGCAGGGAUAUGGAAGAGCACUCUGGUUGAUGCAUGGGUUUUAUAAAGCUAAUGGUGGGUGUGGUUAUGUGAAGAAGCCAGAUUUCUUAAUGCAAAGUGAACCAGAGGUUUUUGAUCCAAAGAAGGUCCUAUCUCCGAAGAAAACAUUAAAGGUGAAAGUAUACAUGGGCGAUGGCUGGCGGAUGGACUUCAAGCAGACCCACUUCGAUCAGUAUUCUCCUCCAGACUUUUAUGCGCGGGUGGGGAUAGCAGGAGUACCAGCAGACUCGGUGAUGAAGAAGACGAGGGCAAUAGAGGAUAACUGGGUGCCGGUGUGGGAGGAGGAAUUCGCCUUCCCACUGACCGUGCCGGAGAUCGCGUUGCUGCGGGUGGAGGUGCACGAGUACGACAUGUCGGAGAAGGACGACUUCGGCGGCCAGACCGUCCUGCCGGUCUCGGAGCUCCUCCCCGGGAUCCGAGCGGUCUCGCUCUUCGACCGUAAAGGGAACAUGUACAAAAACGUCAAGCUUCUCAUGCGCUUCGAGUUUGAGUGACACACACUCUCUCUCUCGGUGCUUGUCUUGUGCCUGUGCUGUGUGUGCAGCAUCCUAUCCUGUCCUUGGGCCUUUUUUAUCUUCCCUGUGCAUAUCCAUCCCAUUUAUUGUUUGUCUCGCUACCACCCACACCUGUAAUUGCUCCUGUUACUAUACUUGUGAGUAACAUGUAUAAUUAAUAAUAAGGCAGGCUUCACGCCACGUUCCCUCCAAAUAUAGUGCUUAGUGC